AUGAACGUGAUUAGAAAGGUGAAUGUAGACAUCUCAUUGGUGGAUCUUUUCACCAAUUUCUCGAGAUUCUCCAAGUUCUUCAAAGACAUGAUGGCAAACAAGGAGAAACUUCAGGAUGAGGGGAUUGUGGCAUUGAGCACGAAUUGCUCACAACUGAUAUCUGGAAUCAUGCCGACGAAGAGAAGAGAUCCAGGAGGCUGCAUCAUACCAUGUGAAAUUGGUAACACGAUUUUCACAAAGUGUUUAUUGGACCAAGGUUCAGGUAUCUCACUUAUGGCAUUGAAAACUGCUCGUGCCAUUGGUUUGGAGGAAAGAAUGGAGCCUAUCGAUAUCGCUCUACAAUUGGCUGAUCACUCCAUAGUGAAGCCUACUGAAAUUGUUGAGGAUGUCUUGGUUAAAAUCGAUAAGUUCAUCAUUCCUGUUGAUUUUAUUGUGCUUGACAUGCCAGAAGAUAAAAAAGUGUCAAUUUUGUUUGGUAGACCAUUUUUAGCAACGGGAGAUGUAUUGCUUGGAGCAAAGGAUAACUCUGUUACAUUCAGAAUUAAUGGUGAGCAACUGACCAUUAAUGUUGAGAAGGCAAUGAAACAUUCUACUGAUGUAAAGGCAUGUUUUCGAGUAGAUGUCUUAGACAGAUGCAUCUUUGAUAAGUCGUGCUAUUCUACUAGAAUUGAAGGAAGUGUGUUUGAAAGGGGAAGUCUAGAAAGAGACUUUGACUCCACAUUCAAGAUGAGUAUCGAUGACAUGGAUGGAGAACAAGUCGAUCAAUCGAGCUUAGAGAAACAAGUUGUGAUUGACACAUGUGUUGCAGAUUUGAGACCAUCAAUUGAAGUGCCUCCCAAUCUUGAGUUGAAACCACUCCCAAACAAUGCCAAGUACGCAUUCUUGGAGAAAGAUGAGACCUUUUCCAGUUGUAGUUUCAGCAGAAAUGAGUGUUGA